CCAUGUUGAAGUUUCGAAGCAUCAAAGACCCCUUUCUUUUUCGUCCUACCACUGUUGGUUCAAAACGCUCUGACCCGUCCAGGCGCGUGGUUUCUGCGGUACUAUUUCCACUCACUAUCUCAGUUCGAUCGCACAGCUGUGCAGACACUUACACAUGCUCAGCCCCGUAGUAAAGGCGUUGGCCCUGGUCAGCGCUGUUCGCGUGCGUGCAGAGGGGGAGGCGCUAGUGACCGAGCUCGCAGAAGAAGUGCUUGCCUGGGAGUCGUGGAAGGUCCUGCCGAGCCCGUGGGAGACUGUCUUCAACCGACCGUCGAACAGGGAUGUGGGCUCCGUCACGGAGCACCCCAUCUGGGAUAAAUACGACCUUGAGGUGUUUCCCGACUCUCUCGAGACCGCGCGUGAGCAGGACGGUUUCCCGCCCAACAUUGCGAUGGGCAGAGUGUUGAUCAAGGACAGCAAGAAGCCCACUCAGCCGCCCCCGAGCUACCGCAUGACAGGCGUCGGAGGCGAAGAGGUGCGGCACCUCAACGGUAUGGUGAAUCCAGCAGGAGCAACUACUGUCUGGGGUUGGCAGAGGAUCCGAUAUCUGGCCGUGAAGACAUGGAUCGACUAUUGGGCGACCCGCAACACCGAAAAGCUGAUCGUCGUUCAUGCCAGCGGCGAGGUCUUGUAUGCCGGCUGCGACGAAAACACCAUCCAGUACAAGUACGACGAGAUCAUCCAGGCCAGCGGCGGCACUCAGAAGAUUGUCUUGGCUGCUGAGGUGAGCCCUUCGCCCAUGGGCCUGGCGUGGCGUUACGACCAGACCGCUGGCAUCGCGACGACGCAGAGCAACUUCCUGUCGACAGUGGGUGUCUCGUCCACGUUUGCCUCAACCUAUGCCGACUGUACCAACUCGACUGUCGGGUAUUGUACCACUCCCGCGUCGUACAAGUUCGCGAACGGAGCAUUCAUCAUGGGCCCCAUCGGGGACAUCGCGGAUAUGCUUGCCGAUAUGUAUUACUAUGCCGACUCAGAGAGCAUGCUGAUCAACGAGUAUUUCCUUCAUAACCCCGACAAGGUUGCUCUGGACUACGCUGGCAUCCUGGUGCUGUCCCUGCACAACAUGAAGCUGGACUCGGGUAUCCCCGUCGCUGUGGAGAGCAGCUCGGGCACGAAGUCGUUCAAAAACUUGAUCACUGGGGGGAACGUGUGCUUCGUGCACGGCGGAGGGAAUUCGUUCGAUGCCCUCAAGGUCCUUGCGCAGGAGCUGCUAUCGGACUGAGAUCCCAGAGGCGAGCCGCGCACUUCAGGUCGGGCGUUUCGCAACGGGGGGCGAUAGAUUGAGGGGGCAUCGAGGUUUGCAGGAAGGGGGCCCUUGCACAAAAGAUGCACCUUUCUUCACCCCCCCCCCGUUCAUUGCCGCCCCUGUAAAAACGCCCGACCAGGGUUUGUAUCGCAAGCUCGCCGAGGCUCCCACAGCCCCGAGCGGAGUGCUUCUGCUGCGAUUGG